CGUACACUCUCUGCGCAUGUGCACAUGCUGAGGGGACCCACCCCAGCCUCAGCUUUAGGGUUUCUCCAUAAAUCUUUGCCUUGAGGUCAGUAGCUACGGUCCUGUGGCUUGGCCCGCCCCGCGUGGCAGCGACAUGGAGGAAUUCGACUCAGACGACGUCUCCUCCUCAGAGGAGGACGAAGACUACGUGCCUUCGGGUGAAGAGUAUAGUGAAGAUGAUGUAAAUGAAUUAGUGAAAGAAGACGAAGUGGAUGGUGAGGAGCAGACACAGAAAACCAAAGGGAAAAAAAGAAAAGCUCAAAGCAUUCCUGCCAGGAAAAGAAAACCAGGUGGCCUCUUGUUGGAAGAAGAAGAAGAAGAGGAAGAUGUCAGUGAGGAAUCUGGAGCAAGUAGCAGUGAGGAGGAACACACGGCUGCAGAGCAGGGAGAAGACACUGGGUCAGAGGCCGCAAGGAAAAAGAAGGAGGAUGAACUCUGGGCCAGCUUUCUCAACGAUGUGGGACCAAAGUCAAAAGUGUCCCCAAGUCCACAAGUUAAAGUCUGUAUUCAACCUACUGAGCCAUACCAGUUAGGCCUCCAGAAAACAGAGGAGACUGAAGAGACAAGUUCAAAUAAAUUGUUGGUCAAAACAGAAAAGCUAGAGAAACCUAAAGAAACAGAGAAAGUUAAAAUCACCAAGGUGUUUGAUUUUGCUGGUGAAGAAGUCAGGGUGACUAAGGAAGUGGAUGCUACAUCUAAAGAGGCCAAAUCCUUCUUCAAGCAAAAUGAUCAAGAAAAACCACAGGCUGACGUGCCUUCAGCUCUGCCGUCGCUCCCUGCUGGGUCGGGAUUAAAAAGAUCAAGUGGCAUGAGCAGCCUUUUGGGAAAAAUUGGAGCCAAGAAGCAGAAGAUGAGCACCCUAGAGAAGUCCAAACUGGACUGGGAGAGCUUCAAGGAGGAAGAGGGCAUUGGCGAAGAACUAGCCAUCCACAAUCGAGGGAAGGAAGGGUACAUUGAACGGAAAGCGUUUCUAGACCGAGUGGAUCACAGGCAGUUUGAAAUUGAGCGAGAUCUCAGGCUGAGCAAAAUGAAACCCUGACGUUGUGGGGCGUCGGUCGCAGCUUAUCCCUGUCUACAAUGUGAGCUUCUGUGCGUCUGUGAGGUGUCUCCACUGCUGCUCCUCCGCUGUCGCCAGCAAGGCCUUUUUUCUACAUUGAAUUCUGUCUUUGUAUCUUCGUCUCACGUAGUUUCAUUCACUUGACUGUUAAAAGUUUGUCCUUAAAAAAUAAAAAUAAAAAAAUAAAA